AUGUGUCUUCGUCCACCAGAAGAAGAGAUCCAUUGGCGGGCUCUGAAGAGCUCUUGCUUUCUGCCGGUGGGAGAUCAAGCCUCGGGCGGUGAUGGAGGCCGCCAUUGGAGUGAACAGUGGCCUCCUCGAUCUCCGGCGGGCUCAGCUCGGAGCUGGAGCGGGGUUUUUCUCCGGAAGCAGCAGAAGAACGAGAAGGAGAUGGAGGAUCCGAACAAGGAUUCAAGCGGCGGCGAUGAUCAGGUCACAGUGACGAUCCACUUCGCUGAGCCGGAUCUGGUCUACACUAUCCACUACAGCGGUGGAGUGCUGGCGCAGGCAGCCUUCGAUGAGAGCGUUGAGAAGGGGAUCUCUCAGUUCCUGGAAGCGACGGGGCUGUCCAAGGAGGACUUUGUGAGCCAUCCGGAAGGUAUGUGGUUCUGGUCCCAGGAGGAAACGGCGAGGCAGAAGGGUGUGGCGAUGGCCAGAGCUGUGAUGCUGAAUCCGCAGCAGGAGCAGCUGGGGCGGCUGCAGAGCGAGAAGAAUCAGCUGAAGUACCAGCUGCUUGCCGCGCAGGAGGAGCUAAAGGGGAAGGCGGAGUCCGAGAAGCAGCAGGUGAUGAUCAGGGAGGCCGAGCAGCAGCAGAUGAAGAUCAGGGAGGCGGCUCAGAAGGAGGCGAGGAAGCAGGAGGAGGAGGCUGCGAAGGUGGCGAAGAAGAGGCAUGACCAGCUGGUGAGCCACAUCGACAGCCUCCAGCGCCAGCUGCGAGAGAAGCGGGAGGAGCUGGACACGCACAAGAAGCUCCUCCGGGAGCAGCGAGAUCUGCUGGACAAGCAGAGCGAGCUUGUCCAGCAGGAGGUUGACAAGCAGCUUCUCCUCCAGCAAGCCGAGCACGAAGCCGAAAAGCUUCUCCUCCAGGAGAAGGUCAUGGAGAAGCUAGAGCUCUACAAUGCGGAGAGGCGCUACCGGGACAAUGACACAAAGCAGAAGAAAUCCCUCCAGAAGGACCUGGAGAGAAAGAAGGUGGAGAAAGUGACUGAUGAGAUGACGAUCGUGGGCCUGGAGAAGCAGAUAGGGGAGCUUAGCAGCAGGGUGGUGAGCCUGGACCAGGAGAAUGGGAAGCUCAGGAGCAGGGUGGCGACCCUGGAGCAGGAGAAUGGGAAGCUCAGCAGCAGGGUGGCGAGCCUGGAGCAGGAGAAUGGGAAGCUCAGCAGCAGGGUGGCGAGCCUGGAGCUCCAGAACUCCACGCUCGUGCAGAAGAACGAGGAGAUGAGCACCCUGUUCCUCAAGGAGAUGAAGGAGCUGCGGGACAUGAUGAGCACUCAGGAGAAGGAGCACAAGAUCACCGUUGGAGCCCUGUGCAAAAGGAUUGACGAGCUCGAGACCGGUCGUCGGGUGCCGGGAUAAGCUUCCUCUUCCCAUCGAUGGAUCGAAUCGAUCGAUGCCAGCUUUUUUCCUUUUAGUUUCUGGCUUUCUACCAUCGCCUCCUUUAUUUUCUGGUUAGCUACUACGUUUUGUACAUGAAUAUAUCUACAACGAUCCCCCUGGGAUUCUCGUCA